AUGCCAGUGUUGGAGAAGGAGCCGGUAAUUCGCGAGAAGGCCCAACUUAUAGCCCAAAAUUCAGCUCUUGAGGCUGACUUAAAUGCUAGCUACGAACGUUUUAGGUCACAAACCACUUCAUCCCGUUCAUUAAACUAUGGGCAAGAUCCCCAAGAGGCAAAAAACUUGCCCCGGCCAGAGUCCUAUGUGACAUUGUCCCAGACCCCAAGGAUAUCUAGGGAAUUAAAUUUGCCCCCGGGACGACCAGAUAGGGAACCUGUGCUAAGGUUGCGCAGUCCAGUGACGGCGCUCAAGACAGAGACCCGUUCCCCAAUAAAUCGUUCCCGCCUGCACUUGGGCAUGUUAAGUGACGACAAUGAGGCCUUUUUACAUCAACUGUCAUUUUUAAACGCUGCACGAGCUCUCCCAAGUCCUCCGGUGACAAGUACUCCAGCCACAAACCUUGUCCCAAACAAUCCCCCUGUGGUGUCUGGCCUAGUUACAAACAACCCUCCAGCUACAAACAACCCCCCAACCACAAGUAAUCCUCCAGCUCCAAAUAUUCCUACUGUCCCAGCAGUAAUGACCAUCACAAGUAGCCCUCCAGCUCCAAAUAUUCUUAAUGUCCCAGCAGUAAUGACCAUCACAAGUAACCCUCCAGCUCCAAAUAUUCCUACUGUCCCAGCAGUAAUACCUGUAACAAAUAACGCUCCUAUUUCCGUCCCACUUCCAUCAACCACACCAAACCUCUUUACCCCUUUAAAGAGGGAUGUACUCACCAAGCUACCCAAAGCUUUGCAAUUUGACGGCCGCAGCAACUGA